UUCUAAUUUUCGAAGCUAGCAUCACAAGAGAUGGGGGAUCUGCAGAAGACGCUGCAGGAUCUUUCCGACGACUACCAAAAGCUGCAAGGAGAGCUUGCCACGGCCGUCGAGGCGAGAGAGAAGCUCGAGUCGCAGCAACAGGAGAAUAGCACAGUCCAGAAGGAAUUCGCCCUCCUCGACGAUGACGCAAACAUCUACAAGCAGAUCGGUCCUGUACUAUUGAAGCAGGACAAGACCGAGGCUGUCAUGGCUGUAAAUGGGCGGUUGGAAUUCAUUGAAAAGGAGAUCUUGCGAUUCGAAACGCAAAUCAAAGGUAUUCAGGAAAAGAGCGAGAAAGCGAAGAUGGAGAUCAUUCAAAUACAGUCUUCCGCGCAGCAGACGCCAACGGCAGGGAAGGCAUGAGGGAUCACAAGAUACACUACUUGUUGCACACGCUCUAACGACCACCUGGCUAUCAAGGCCGAGACAGCGUCCUAUGUUGGCGUUCAUGGAAAAAAGUGUAUACGUCAUUUAUCUGGAGCUUGGGUCAUAGAAAACCUCUUCGACUGGCCGGGAAGAGUCUCCGUUUUGCUUAUGGAAUUAUAUGUGGU